AUGUCGCUGAAUCCUCUCGAAGACAGCCACCCUGUUGGGCAGGCCCAAGGCACAAAGCUCAAGCGCUCCGAGCCAAACGAGGAGGAACAAAACUACUGUCGAAUAUGCCGGGGCGAAGGCACCGUUGCUCAACCGCUCUACUACCCGUGCAAAUGCUCUGGGAGCAUCAAGUUCGUCCACCAAGAAUGCCUGAUGGAGUGGCUGUCGCAUUCUCAGAAGAAGUACUGUGAAUUGUGCAAGACGUCGUUUCGCUUCACCAAACUCUACGACCGUUCCAUGCCCGCACGAUUACCGUUUCCCCUCUUCGUCCGCAAACUCGCUCGGCAUGGAAUUAGAGAAUUUGCGCGAUGGACACGUUACCUGCUGGUGGCCAUCAUCUGGACUUGCUGCUUACCUUGGUGCAUCCGACAAGUCUGGCGAGGAUUUCUUUGGCUUGCGGACGGCAGCACCCCCAGCCAUCCAAGCAUAGAAACGGCCCCAGUGGUUGUAUCGAACACAACUGUUACAGGCUCCGCAGCCCGAGCGUCACGAACACAAUUUGCCAAUUUCACUGUACCAGACUAUCUCGAGCGCAUAACAUUGGUGUUUCCUCCCAUGCUGAUAUCACUGGGAGACAUCGCGCGAGUCAUCGUCGGCCAGGGCAUCAUCGGUAGGAUUGUCGGCUUUUUCCUGGCCAUCUUUAUCCCCCGGUUAAGACAAAUUGAUGGCACUGAUGGCGAGCAAGACUUUGCGGCUGAGGCGGCCGUGAUGUCCUCAAGACCUCCCUCAUUACUCUCAGACGUUGAGUUUCUAUCCGCUUGGUCGGGGUCGCGAAUGGUCAACAAUGCCACCGUUGACAUCAUCGAAGGCCAGCUGAUCUGUAUACUGCUGGUCACUGCUUUUAUCCUUGUGUUCCUCAUUCGGGAAUGGGUCAUCAACCAGCAACCGAUCUUGAACAUGCCGGACCCUGAUGCAAACGACAACCCCAUUCAAGAACGGCAAGCUGAGAACGAGAGGCCCCAGGGGGGCCUUCUUCGACCACGGAAUCGCCGCCAGGGCGGCGAGGCGAAUGCUCCUGCUGAAGGGGGGUUCAUGGAUCCUGCGGGACGGCCAAUAGCUAUUCCUAGACGGCGCCGAGCGCUGACGGAUGAUAACAUACUCAACGAUACCGGCAUUGGUAUCGAAAGACCGGCUCCGCCGGUCCGGUCACAGAGCCUGUUGACGAGCCCUGAUGAUAUAGGGGAAGCCAACGUCGAAGAGGAUGUUGGUGAGAGUAGCGCGGUUGCUGGUGACAGUGCAAGUCGGCCAGUCCGAAGGCGCAGUUCUAGCAGCCAUCAUACGACGGAACAUAUGUCUGCCACGGCUUUAGAAGCUCAGACCAUGGACGCGGGCACCUUGGAUAGCUCUUCCAUCGAGGCGCAAGGAGCCUUGCCCGUGGAAUUUGCGUCCAGAGGCUCUGGAUCUGGCCAAUUGCAACCGGACUUGCUACAGCACAUGGACCAAAACGAAACAGACCCACCAGAGCUCCAGGGGAGGAGAGUCUCGUUCGCGCAAAACCCUGCUAUGAUCAAUGAGACAGAAAUGCCACCAGGACAAGUUGAUGCCCAUGAAAUUGCAACCGACUCAGAUGGGCAAGUAAUCCCCACGCCCGAUUCUUCGAAUGACACAGACCUUUUGCCCCCUAGAGGAGACUUUUUUGACAUCGAUCUUCGGCCCGAUCUUUUCGACGAUGCACCUGAGCUAGAUGCUGAACAAGUCGCUGUCUCCAUCGAUCAGGAGCCUACCGCCGAUGAUUCGAUAACUGGCAGAAUCUCCAAGUGGCUCUGGCAUACAGAUAUUGAAGUCGACACGCCGGAGGCCGCGGAAGUUCGUGAGAGCCCGCGCGCUGAUACGCAAGACGAGGAACACAUCGUGGAGGAUGUCAACGUAGAGGCGCCUUUUGUGCCUGUCCACAACCGGGAAGCUCCUCAGAUCCCGCAACUGCCUCCAGCAAUCGAAGCACCACCUGCAGAGCCCCCGGAGCCGAACAUGUUCAUGGGUGUCGAUCUCAACGACGCCGGAGAUGAUGCGGAAGAUCUUGACGGAGUGCUAGAACUCCUCGGCAUGGAGGGACCCAUUUUCGGCAUGGUUCAGAACGUACUCUUCUCCUUCCUACUCAUCACAAUCACUUUGACGAUGAGUUUCUGGUUUCCGUACAUGUGGGGCAAGAUUGCUCUUCUGUUUCUAUCGCGGCCGACUCUCAUGCUUGUGCGGGCACCACUGUUCGUUUUGUCGCGUUCAGCAGAUAUUGUUGUCGACGUCAUCUUUUUCGUGGUUGGGCUUGCCGGUUUCCUCUUCAGCCAGCCGAUGAAGCUCAUCAGAGCAGUCAUAUCUGGACUAUCGCCACCUCUUGGCCGAAUUAUCGACACUGCGACAAUAGAAGGGUUUACCCUCGACCUGAGCCAGAAAAGCGGUACACGACUGGAGAGGACUUUGGCCGCGGCCGUCCUUGGUCUCAGGCCAGACGUGCCAAACUUCUCGAUGCAAUCGCACCAUGCGCUUAUCUCCCUGAAGAACCAUCUACGUAAUGCACUGCACGGCGCGGCCUUCCUGCUAGGCCAGGUUGAAAAGAUUCUGACCUCUGAGCGCCCAAGUUCUGGCACCGUUCUGGUGUCUCUUCGAAAAUCGCUGAAGUCUGCUCCAGAAGUCGUCAAGAAGCUACCGCAAGCCAAAGAGCUCGGAUUAAACUUCGUCAACCUUCUAUCGACUGCUCUUUCGACUGAGCCAACAGAAGGUGUCCAUGAUCUCGAUCCUUCCCUUGCCGAGUGGAACAAUCAAGACCGGAUCCUUGCAAUCAUCCUCGGUUAUGCUUUGUUCGCUGUCGCUGGCGUCGUAUUUCUCGAAGCAGCUCAUCUGGUUCUUGGACUGAAAGAUAAUGAGAAAGUCGAAGGCUACUUCGCCGAUUCUCUUCGGCAAGCAGGUGGCGUAAUGAAAGUGAUUGUCAUCAUCGGGAUCGAAAUGUUAGUCUUUCCGCUAUACUGCGGACUGCUACUGGACCUAGCACUUCUUCCUCUAUUCGCCAACGCCACCGUGGCCAGCCGUAUCGCUUUCAUGACGCAGACGCCGCUGACGGGAAUAUUCAUUCACUGGUUUAUUGGUACCUGUUACAUGUUUCAUUUCGCCCUUUUCGUAUCGAUCUGCCGGAAGAUCAUGCGUAAAGGAGUUUUGUACUUUAUCCGCGACCCCGAUGAUCCGACGUUUCAUCCCGUGCGCGACGUUCUCGAACGACCUGUACCUGCACAACUGGGCAAAAUCGCAUUUUCGGCGUUGGUCUACGGUGGCCUGGUCACGCUAUGCCUGGGUGGUGUCGUGUGGACAUUAGACUGGGUUGGUGGCGUCCUGCCCAUACGAUGGUCUACAACAGAACCAAGGCUGGCGUUUCCCAUCGACAUAGUCUUCUACAACUUCCUACUUCCUUUUAUCCUUCGGAAGGCCGAGCCAUCAAAGAAGAUCUCGGCAAUGUAUAAAUGGUGGUUUCGGGGAUGCGCUCGGUCACUACGACUCACGAAUUUUCUGUUUGGAGAGGAGCGAAAGGAGGAACAAUACACCCAUCCGAAAGGUUUGCCGUGGAGGUUGCUCGCCCAAGACAGUAUGACCGGACCGCAACAAGACGGCACCUACGUUCGAGCGCCGGCAUCUGACUCGGUGCGCAUCGCCAAAGGGCGCAAUGUCUUCCUCGAAGUCACGGAGCAGAAUGAGAGAGUGGAUGGUCGCCCGGACCCGGAUUUCGGCAUGCACGGCAAGAAAGAUCCUCAGUUCACAAAGGUCUAUCUCCCACCGAACUUCAGAAGCCGGAUUACGACGUUCAUCGUCCUGCUCUGGCUUUUCGCAGCUGCAACUGGGGUGGCAUUCACCAUUGGACCUCUGCUAGUCGGCAGAAAGAUGACCCAGCUGCUGUCCCAAUCGCAGCAUCCACCUAACGACCUCUACGCGUUCACAGUCGGCGUUCACAUCUUUGCCGCGGUUGGAUACGCCAUUGCUUACGCCGAACCGGCCAGAGACUAUCUCCGAGUGAAAGUGACCGCUUCGGGGAAACAGAUCCUGGGAUCAAUUCUGCACUUUCUUGGCCUGGCCUACCUGGCCAUCUUCACUACUGUCGUGCUACCUUUUGUUAUGGCCUUGAUUACGGAACUGUACAUUCACAUACCGCUCUUUGACGUGCUAGAGCUCGUCAACCGAGAAAAGGUUCAAGACAUCUCGGCUUCGACCCCGGCGACCAGUAAACGCCUCCCUGGCGCUACGAUCUUUAUCCUCCAAUCCUGGACGAUCGGCCUAUUAUACCUGAAGCUCCUGCUCCGCGUGCUGACUCACGCUACCGAACCCACUUCCCGUCCGGCGCGGGCGCUUCGGGCAAUCACCCGCAACGGCAUCCUCCAAGCCGACGUCCCUCUGGCAUCCCGCGCGUUUGUGCUCCCCGUCACGACGGUGUGCCUGGUCCUCCUCGUCUGCCCUCUGAGCUUCAUGAAACUCGUCAUCACGGUCUUCCGGGUCCACGAGACGGAGAAACAGAUGCGCAUGUAUCGAUUCGCGUACCCGCUGUUCUUGUGGAUGAUGGUCAAUUACGUCGGCGCCAUGUUCAUGAAGACAAAGGUGGAGAAGUGGCGGGUCAUGGUUCGGGAUGAAGUCUAUCUGCUUGGGGAGCGGUUGCAUAAUUUCCAAGAGCCGAAGCCGAGGGUGAAAAAGAACGACAACGCUUCCAGCAGUAAAGGGAAGGAGAAGGCGUUGUGA